UCUCGAUCUUCCUUUUUCGGACCCCUGGUUAAUGGUUGUGGUGAACAAUCUUCCAAUGCUAUAUUCGUGAGGGUCUCUAGACCCAGUAUUUUGUCCACUUUGCGGAUAAGUUACUGUCUCCAAUCAUUGUAAAAGUGUAAACGAGCCCAUAUUCCAAGUGGAGACUCCAUUCUUUAUAUUUUGUGAUUUUCGUUAGCGAAGCUCUCUUCGACGACGACUUACGAAGUAUAUCAAGUAACUUUACCAUAUUCACGUGGCCAUUAUCUGAUUGUGCAGCAGUUCCGUGAGCACCCACCGCCGACAGCAGUCAGACAUUAAGUCUGGGGCGUACAGCGCCGGCAGGAUGCGUCAUUUGUCAGCUCUGGGACCUACCAUCAUCUUGGUGAUGUGGAUAGAGACAUUUGCUGCAGCCUUUUUUGUAGGACUACGAAUGUACACUCGAUAUUAUAUCGUUCAAGCUACAGGUUAUGAUGACUGGCUCAUUGUGGCCAGCAUUGUGAGUGACAAACACCAACCCUAUGUUCUCUUGAAUCUAAUGCUAAUACGACCAUUCAUGUACAGCUAUUGUUCAUAGGAUACACCUCCUUUUGUACUGUAGCCGCCGUCUAUGGACUGGGAUCUCACUUUUUGGAUCUCACGGAGGCUCAGUGAGUAUUAUUGAUUCUUUCAAUCUACAAACCUUGAUGUUGAGCUUCUCGGUUCGAAUAUCCUAAUUAUGAAUUUUCUUCACUUCCCCAUACAAGUCCAACUCAUCUUUACCUUAGGUAACUGUGUUGGAGAAUACGUACUGAGUCUUUUUUGUUCUAGAUUCGUCUUGUCCAAUAAGAUGGAAGUCGCUGGCCAAACCUGCAAUAUCAUCGCAAUCGCCACCAGCAAGUCCUCCGUAGCGGUCUUCCUUCUCCGUCUCGUCGUUGUUCCUUGGCAUAAAGUUUUCCUCUGGGGUUGUAUCGCCAGUACCUCUAUUGUGUGCAUCAUCUGCGCCACUCUCGACUUCUUCCAAUGCUCACCCAUGCCGGCAGUUUUUAACCCGUCCAUACCUCAUACUGUUAAUUUCGAUUUCACGGCGAAUGCAAUUUUCUCAGGAAGUUAUACGACUUUGAUGGAUUUUGUCUUGGCGCUUUUUCCGUGGUAUUUCUUGGCUGAUGUUCGGAUUAGACGAAAGGAGAGGUUGACUAUUUCGUUUGGUCUUACUUUGGGUGUUUUGUAAGUUCUUUUUCUGCCAAAGGGGCCUGUGGAAGUCGCUUGGGUUGAUGCUGAUAGGAAUUUGUUCUAGUGCAGGAAUUUGUGGUAUUGUGCGAGCCAUUGAGCUUGGAGGAUUAGCAUCUCGAUUAGAUUAUACUUGUAAGUUUUCCAAGCAAUCCUCUUUAAAAAAUCCAAAGCAUUCCAAAGGAAUAAAACUAACUAACUCCAUCCCCACAGACGACACAGUACCGCUCAUCCUCUGGAGCUCCAGCGAACUUCUAGUCGCCAUAGUCUGCGCCUGUAUUCCCGUACUUCGACCCCUCUACAAGCUAUUCCGCGGCCAAGAAAAACAAUCAGUCGAAUCUAGUGGUCCCUAUCCCAACAGAAGCGGAAGUAAAUUAGGUCAGGGGUACGCAUUAAGUUCUCUGCGUCGCGACGAAUUCGCUGCGAAUGAAAGGGCGGAGGGAACCUCGAAUUCUCAUAAUAAUAAUAAUGCGCAUGAUGAUGAUAUUGAGAGGGAUGCGGCGGCUGGUUUGGAUAAUGGAAGUGAUGAGAGUAUUUUGAGGGAUGCGUGGAGGUAUGGGAUUAAGGAGACGAAGGAGGUUCAUGUUACUUAUGGAUAGGGGUAUGAGGGGUUGUAUGGGAAUGGGGAGAUGGUUUAUGGGACUGGACUGAGGGGGGUCUUGCAUGGUUGGUUAUAUGGGAGGUAUAUGCUCGGGUUAAUGAUAUCUGGAACGGAUACUAAAGUUUUCCGAAUUUGCCGUUUGUGUAAGGUUAAUACGAUAUGUGGCGUUGCGGCAUCGAAUGGUUUGUGGACCCGGAUUAGGUUAUCUAUCUACGGAUAUAUGUGUAUGUUAGAUGUAAGAUAGGUUAUGGAUCAUAGAUACCUAGAUCAUUGUUACGACCACGGGUCUUACACUAACCGAUCGGAUGCAUACGAGAUACGAUUUGAGCGAUUUAGUAUAGGAUUGAGGUGGUGUGGGGAACAAAUGUAUACAAACCUUGUUAAGCU